AGUACAGUUUAAUUCGUCUAAGAAAAGGAGCAUAAGGGCAAACAGUUUGUUGAGCUGGUAGGACAUUAGACUGUCAACAAGCACAUUUGAAGUUUGAUAUCGAGUGCUGAGAUGAAAACGUCAUCACGUGCAGUCUGGGAGCCGUUUGCGAUGAAGCAGUACACUGGACACACUUCCAAGAUAAAAAGGGCUUCAAAGAAGAAGCUGGAUAAAAGUCGCAACCCAAGUGAAGGUGUUGUCCAACGCCGGACUCAGGCUAAGAGGACGAGGUUUGGAUUGGAUGUUAGCCACGUUUAUAAGGAGUUGGAUCACAUCUGCGAUGUCGUCACCAGUCACGGAGAGGAGGAGCCAGGAGAGUGUCGUCGUGGAGAUGGAGGAUUAGAUGAUUCGGAUGAGCGAUGUUGCUCCCCCUCAGAAAGUCACGGCUCCCAACAAAAACCGAAGACCACCGACAGCCUUUGCCCAUCCUGUCGGAAGGUCUACCAGAGGGCAAAAAGCUUGAAAACUCCCAUCAAAGAUAAACUCCUGGAUAAUGAUCCCACCUCCUUGACGUGCGAUAAUUGGGUCCUGCUCAAAAAGUGGAAGGCAAGUAGGCUGCCUGAGUCAAGAGGGAAGCUUUCCCACAGCUUGUUGCUUGUUCAAUCAUGUUUGAAGGGGAAGAGAAAAGCCAAGCAGAAUGAGCGUAAAAACUCAUGCUCGAGGCCGCAUAUUUUCCUUCACAGGAACCUCAGACGGCCUCACAAAGUGCCAGCGAGAAAGGAAGCGAAGAGAAACCAGUGCCAGAGGGCAAGCGACGAUUCUCAGGGUUGCCCGAUUGCCAAGCAGAAGCGUCUCUGUGGCAAACGCCCCCCGCAGUACAAGUGUGGUAACUGUACCGAUAAGAGCAGUUUACACUCUACUUGUGCAGGUCUAGAUGUUGACACUGUUCCGUGAAAAAAAGUCAAAGAAACCCAGUUAACACUUGCAGCUUCUGAGGAAGCCAGCAAGUCUUGUUGUUCUUUUCUUCAAUUUCCAAACUUUUCAAGUAGUCAAAUGCCGGAAAGAUCUGUCGACAUCGCAGUCUCCAAAAUUGAGGCAACAUUGUCAAAGUUGAUCAACGUCCUAAGACGUGUUCGACAUUCAAGUUUACCACAACUAUUUCAGUAUUGUACAAGGGCAUUUAAUUAUUCAUGCACAGCCGUGUACAGCAGGGGUUGUUUUGAAGUGUUCGAUAAAUAAAGUUGAGUUCAUUCAAUAACAAUUACUCAAUAAUAAUUACUCUAUAUUACACAUAAUGAACAUCAUAUAGCCAAAUUUUGUAUUCUUUGAUUCAGAAGACAUACACAUGUUCGAUACCACAUUUUUUUCAGACCGAUACCAGUGCGAGUACUCACCGAUACCGCGAAUACUUUUGUUACAAGCAAUUUCAAUGACACAUAAUACACAAUGACAAAUUAUUAUAAACAAUGACCUUUCUUUCUUUCUUUCUUUCUUUCUGACUGUUCUGGUCUCACCAGUGGUUCAGUUUCUCAGUCAGUUAAACACAAGAGUUCAGUAAAUCCAGUUGAAGCCGGAACUUGUUUUUGGACGUUACUGAACCACAGUGUAAAACUGUAACACACAAUGUUACAAAAUAAAAAGGUGAGUAUAGCACUCUAAAUAAUACACACCGGUAAGUAAACGAGCUAUGUUGCCUGUACUGAAUUCAGCAGGAAAAAUAGACCUUUUUAAUGCACCGAAUACGAACAUAUAUUUCUAAUACAUUUAGAAAAUAAAUCAUAUUAUUU